CUACUUAGAUUGACAUCAUUGGAAACCACUUCUUAGGCCUAACAUAUUAUUCAGAGAUGCUUGAUGUUGACCAAGAAAAGAGGUGGAGGGACUGAGGAUUGAACAUCUGACACGUCAUGGAGGGAGAUAGUCUAGUGGCUAAAUGUGGCCCAAUGGACAGCGAGGCCUCAAUACAUCGUCUUGGAAGGUUUUGCAAAAGUUUCUAUAGCUACGCUGCUACGCCCACGGCCAGCUGUGUUGUGAUUUCUGCUUGACAUGUAUAGGAAAUUGCUUAAAUCUGGCCCAGGUGGGGCCACGUAGUACCGGUCAGACUCAAAAUUGCCGGCCGCCAAGCAUUCGUGAUCGUGACGCGCCUUUUCUGUCUCCUACUGCCAUUUCCUUCGGUUCUCCAUGAACGAAACACUUAUUAAUCCAUUCAAUACCCUCACUCAUCCUACGGCGGUACAAACAUCGUUUUAUGCCAUCGCUUCCUUCGCACGCUUCGACCCCUCGGGAAGAUAUAUUGGAGCUGGCAAGUACGACGGGUCAGUAUCCAUUUGGGACCUUGAGACAAGGGCUCAGAUACGGACGUUGGAUGGACACGUCAAGGCGGUCACCAAUCUAGAUUGGUCAAGGAAUUCUCGCUUCUUGCUUUCAUCGUCAAAGGAUUGGAACGUGAUUAUUUGGGACCUCGCCGCAGACUGGGACCCCCCUCAGCGGUACAAGACUAUCCGAUUCGAUUCACCCGUGUUAUCAGCGUCUUUUCAUCCCAGAAACAGUAAAAUCAUCGUGGCGCUUAUGGAUACGGGUGAUGUAUAUCUAGUGGAUCUUCGUAAAGAACACCGAUCGCGGGUCGAGUUGGUCGAAGUUCAAGAAGAGGGAGAGGAGGAUUCACGGCAGUCUGAUAUGACAGUUGCUCGAUUCGAUCCUUCAGGGAGGUAUAUCUUUGCGGGAACGUCGGCGGGAACCAUUUUGGUGUUCAAUACUAGAACAAAAGCAAUGAUUGCGCGACAUAAAAUAUCUGGAGCAGGCGUCAUCAAGGGACUUGAAUUCUCACGAACGGGAAGACGUCUAGUGACAAACUCCUCGGAUCGCACCUUGCGACAAUUCAAUGUACCGACAUACCCGUCGAGCAAAGAUGGAGGGGCGUGCCUUGAGCAAGAGUUGGAGCCUACGCACCGUUUCAAUGAUCCUAUCAACAAGACCGCAUGGCACUCCAUGGCGUUCAGUCCAAAUGGCGAAUGGCUUGCAGGGGGCGCCGCUGAUACCGCCACCCAUAAAAUCUAUAUCUGGGAUAUAUCCAAUGAUGGCCAGUUUGCAAGCGCCUUGGACGGUGGGCGGGAACCGCUUACUCAUCUACAUUGGCAUCCUUUCAAGUCGUGCAUGGCAUCUACUACAAGACAUGGAAACAUCUUGAUAUGGCAUAGUCCUAGUCCGGAGCGAUGGGGCGCGUUUGCGGGAGGGUUCGAGGAGGUGGACGAGAACGUCGAAUAUGAAGAGAAGGAGAAUGAAUUUGACAUUGAAGAUGAGGCAGAGAUUCAGAGGCGUAAGAUGAAAGCAGAAGAAGAGGAGGUUGACCUUGACACCGUUCCUGAUGAUCCUGCUCAGUUCAGCUCAAGACAAUCAGUACCAGGAGAUGAUGAAGAUUUGACCUGGGCGGAUCUGGAGCCGGAUGACAAUAGCCCCUGGAAGAUGAAGAUUAUCAUGGAGAAUGAUGACGCUUAGUGCAUUGUUCAGACCGUGAUUUCUGUUCAAUAUCCCCACCCCGUGAAUGUAUGUUGUAUGUACUUUUG